AAUUAGACAGUUUAGAAACACCGAUGUUAAAGUGCGCGUAAAAAAAUUAAAUCGUUUUGUGCGUGUCAAUUAUUGUUUAUAAUAAAAAUUCAAAAUUUAACAAACGAAAAAAUAAUACAUUAUUGAUAUACCAAAUGUUUUAAUUAAAUCUACGAUGUGUGCGCUCCUACUUGUGUGUUUCGCAUAUAUAGGUACCGAAAAAAUAAACGUAGGUACUUUAUAAACAUAUUCUUUUGAUAAACAGACAUUAUAUUAACAACGAACGGUUAACAUUGUGUAACAUCACUUUUAUAACAUGUGUGUGGUUAUGUCAAUGCUGCCCAACGUUAAUACAGUCACUAAACUCGACCCACCCUAUAAUUCAACCGGAACUCUGAAAAUCCGUUAAAUAAUUAAUACCGUUGAAUUUACGUUUGUUAACGCGACCAUAGAUUGUAUAACCGUCACGUAGUGGUGUACCGGUCUCAAAUCAAAAAAAUAGAAGAAAUUCGCUUUCAACGGAAAAACAGCACUGCAAAAUGGACGGAUCCGUGGCACUGGUGUCCGGUGGUGGUCGAGGAAUCGGAUUCUCGUUUGUCGAAAUAUUGGUAAAAAACGGAGUUUAUGUAAGUACCUGCCAAUGUAAUUACUUACACCUAUACCUACACAAUAAAAUUGUUCACACGAUUUAUCGACUGCUACUAAUUCACACGUUUUUUUUUUUUUUUCACAAUAUUUUAAUAAUUGCAGGUAGUGCCUGUAUGUUUGAAUAAAAUAAAACCAGCCUGGACUUUUUCCUUUCAAUAAUUACCUGCACAAUCGUUUGAUAUGAUUGUAUUUACAAUAUUUUCAAUAUGUGUACGUUUGUACCGUAGUCCGUACACCAUAAUAUAGACACGUAUCGACUUUAGUUUUUACAGAAAUUCGUACAGAAAUCUGUGUACUCUAAAAAAUAAUGAUAUACCUAUGCGCAUUAUGCAAUUAUGCACGUAUUAAUAUUAUUAACUAUUAUAAUGUAUCCGAUAUAAUCACAUACCGAUAAUUAGUUGCACUAAGUACUGGUAUCGGAUAACCGUUAAUGACUCUUAAAUUUAUAACAGCUGACAGUUUUAACCGGACGAGUAGGAACGUUCAACUAUAAACAUGGAUAUUUAACAAGGAUAUUAAAUUCACUAUUCUCUUCUACUGUUCUGAAUUUUAAACCACUGCAACUUAUAAUUUUAUAAACCAUAACCGGAUGUUAUACAUUUGGAAAUGUUUGGAACAAUAUUUUCUUUUCAGUUGCGAGUUUAAAAAUGUGAAUUGUUAAUUGAAAACCAAUAGUUAAUAAAAUGAUAAUACAUGUGUAUUUACAUGGUAGGUAUAUAAUAUAGAUACGUAAUAAGUGUAAAGUUUUGAAAAUAUUGUAAACAAUAGAUUACUAAACUAAAACGAUGAUGGAAAAAAAAUUUAACUUAAUCAAAAUAUUCGUGAAGACAAUCGUUGUGGGUUCUUUAUAAAAUAAUCACUUUUUAUGCAGUUACAACAAUAAUAUAAACAUUGUAAACACGGUAAUACGGCCGUACUUUAUGAUGAACCCAUAGAGUAACUCUACUGAUGAACAAAAACCCAAAGUCUAUUUUACAUAUUGCAAAAACUUGUACAAUUAAAUUCAAUACAAUCGUUAAUCAGUUUAAUACAGACUCAACAUAAGAGAAAGAAUAAAUUGACAUAAAUAUUUAAUUUUAAUUUUAAUAAUAAUUGACUUUACAAAACUUUUAAUUAUAUUACCUAAUUAUAAUUGUUUAUCAUAUUUUAAAGUCUGUGGUACAUACUGAAAUUAAAUAAACUUUACGCCCUCCAUACAAAUUGUCCGAGUUAUGCCCACGAAAGGAUGUAUAGUUUUUAAAAAACGUGCUGAUCAACCAUCAGUACAUUACAUGAUGAUAUUGUCGAUGAAACUAUUAAAAGCAAUGGAUAUUAUACAAUUAUCGUGCAAAUGUAACCGCCGAUCGCAGUUUUAUAAUUUAAAAAUUAUUUCUAAUACCAUGAUAUAACUUUAGCCCCUAGACUUUUCAUCGUUAUGUUUUUGUUUUUAUUAAGGUUUCUUUAUUAGACAUAAAUAUCGAAUUUGGAAAAAAAGCAAUUAAACAAUUAGAAAACGAUUUCAAUGCAUAUGGCAGAGUUUUAUUUAUAAAGUGCGAUGUUACAAAUAAUGAUGAAUUUGAAGGUGAGUAUAUUAUAGUACCUGUCAGUGAUUGAUGAUCAAUAAUUAUUUAAUUUUUAACAACUUUUUAACCAGAAAUCUUGUUUCAAAUAUCAACCACUAAGAGCGGUUUUUAGAAGACAAUGUUUUCUAGUUAGUGCAUAAGACUAUGGGCCUUUUUAGAUUUUUUUUACUUUUCCAUAAGGAAAACUGGGGGAGAAAAUCGGAAAAACCUAACUUAUUGCGGGAUAACGGUUUCUGUUGAAAUCGAUUUUGUUUUUUUGUUGCAAUUCAAUGAUAAAUCCGCUUGGUGAACUAAAAUUUUUUACUAGUUUUUUACUAUUAUGAUUAAAAAAAAAAAAUAAUAAAAUUUUUUUUUGGCUCUGGGAAGGUUCUACUGAACCUUGGACCUCUCCGUCAUAAACACGCCAUAUAGAUACCUAUAAUAUUGCUAACUGUUAUUAAAAUUUGAACGUGAGAAUUAUAUCACUUUUAAAAAUGAUUUUAAACGAAGCAUAACAUUAACCGGUAUUCUCAACGUUCAUACUAGUUAUAACUACCUCAUGCACAGGUGAAAUGUCGUGCCAUCUCCAAACUGCGUUCGUGGUCACCCAUAUCAGACAAUAUCACAAAUACUAACUGAAUGCCCCAUUAGGAAAUUCAACGGUGAACCUGAAGGUAUGUCCAAUGCUUCCCCGGAAGCUAUUGUAUAGAUAAAAUACUUCACACAAUGGGUGGGCCACUGUUGUAGAUGAGAUAAGUCGGGAAGGUAGGGUAUAGAGGAAAUUUAAUGUAUAUCUAAAUUCGACGAUUGAUCUAUACUAACGAAAAACGAUUCUGAGUAGAGUUCGGUUACACAUGUCUUAAAAAGCCGUAAUAUUUACGGUUUCAAAAUAAGACAUUUCGUAUAUUUUCCCCUUUGUCCCAUUAUUAUGAAAACACCUGGGGAAAUCGAAAAAUGUCCCGUUUAAAGUACCACCCCGGGAAAAUUACCUUUCAGAAUAGGUGCUGAUACUCGAUACUUCGGAGCAAGAUUUCUAGUAGAAUUUUUGUACACAGUAUAAGAAAAAAUAAACAUCAUUGUAAAAACAAUACAUUCCUUGCUCCAAUCAGAAUCUAAAAAAGUUAUAACAUUUUGAACAAUCAAUUUAGCUACCUGAUCAAAAUCUAGCAUUGUGAUUAUUAAUUGAAUAUUUGUUUGUUUUUUUUUUAGACGCUUUUAAGAAAACCGUUGAUACAUUUGGAAAAAUAAAUAUAGUCAUUAACAACGCUGGUAUAAUGAAAGAAUAUCUCGAUUUAUGGGAGCUAACUAUCGAUUUAAAUUUUGUAAGUUAAAUAAAUUGUACAACAAUAAUAAAAUAUAAGUUUCGGGGUCGUAAGUAAAGAGUGUUGGUUAACCACGCUCCCCAUUUCGAAAUAUACUACGGGAGUUUGAUUCAUAUUUCAACUUCCAAUUCACUAUUAUUACAAAUAAACGAUUAAUAAAUUAUAAAUUACUCAAAACAGGUUUAUUAUUUAUGGUAUGUGCACGCAUUGGCAGUUUGAAGUAAAAUGUAAUGAAACGUGUGUGAAUGUAAAUAAUAAUUAUAAUUCUGUACAUAAUGUACUUUAUCAUCACAGUUAUUUUAUCAAAUCAACCAACUAAUGGAUAGUAUUUAAUGAUAAUAUGUUAUAAAAAUUCAAUUUUAUUAUACUUCAUAGUUGGGAUUUUAUGUAAGUUUCAGACCACGGCCAGUAGUAUAUUUGUAGAUUCUACGACACAGUAGAAUUUAGCCUGUUUUGAGACUCCGGAUUUCGCAUAGAAAUUUGUGAAUUUGGCCUCUUUCCAGACUUUGAAUUUGGUCUCAUUUUUGGUUUUUGAUUUUUAUUUUUAAAUAAUAUUUAGCGAUAAGUAAACCAAAAAAAAAAGAGGCCAAUAAUAACCUUAAUUCGUAUUUGUUCAUAGGGCGUUUUGCUUUGGCGAAGAACCUACAAAUGUAUACUAUUAACCACGUUUCGCACCACUGUGCGCCAUGCCACACCAUAAAUAUUUGCUAUUUUUCCAAUACCUAAAUUUGUUUACGGUUUUUCCUUAUUUGAAAACCCUUGGAAAGAAAAACACAUAUCGCUGUAAAACCAAUAGAAUCUAAAAACACACAGAUCGUAGUAAAACCAAUAGAUUCCUUGAUCCGUUCCGAACACAAAAUAAGUUUAAAAAAAAAACUAAAACUCAUCUUCGAAAUAAUUCAAAAUAACUUCUUAUUUAAUUUUUUAAAAACAACAAAAACAUAAUACUAGAAAUGUAUUCGGACGUCAUCUCAUAAAAAAAUGUCCUACUCUUAUUGAAAUAAUAUUAAUUAUAUAAUUAUUGUAUAAUUAAUAUGACGUCUAAGUUUUUAAAACUUAUUUUCAUGACGGUAGUAAAUUAUUCAUAAGGGGCAAUUAUAGGCAACAACUACGUUUUUAGAACAUGCAUUUGUGGGUUUAAAAAUAUGGAUUGCCAUAUGAAAAUAAAUAAGUGAUAACUGGCAAUAGGCAUGAGCUAAAUGUUCAUAAUGUAUAGAAAAAUGGUAAAAUAUGUGUUUUUAUGUUGUAGAAAGCAGUGGUUCGCGGUACUGUACUAGGUCUCAAGUAUAUUGAAAAUAAAGUCGAUAUAAAUUCCGCAGUGAUCAAUAUAGCGUCGAUAGCUGGCUUGUCCAAUAGUGUUUUACCCAUAUAUCAAUCGACCAAAAGGGCAGUAAUCGAGUUCACAAAAAGUAUUGGAGUGAGUAUAACCAACAAUAUUUGCAUAGAUGAAAUUUAUUGAAUUAUUGUUUUAAUGUUUAUACAAUUAUUAUGCAUUCCAAGUGUUCGUAUAAUUCGGAAAAAAAUGGCAAUAACAUUAGGAUCAUGGCCAUUUGUCCUGGGCCUACUUUUGAUGGGUUCGAAAACAAUAUCAACGAAAAAAAAGCGUUAGAAAAGAAAAUCAGAACCUUACUUACAAGUGGCGAAGAGAAUCCGAAUCCAAAUAGAAUACUGAACAUUCAAAGGUAAAUGCCUAAUAUACUCUUAUAUCACACAAAUAUUAGAUAAUUAAUACAUUUAUUAGGUACCUACAUAUAUAAGAGUAAUUAUUAAUAUAUAAAUUAUAGAAAAAGCAUUUGAAAUUUACCCAUUUUUAAUUUCAGCACUGAAUAUGUUAAAACUGCAUUAUUUCAUGUUAUGAAAACCGGUAAGUCUGGCGACGUAUGGGUAGUGGAAAAUGAAGGUACCCCAAGACUUGCACAUUUUUCUUCUCAGUACUAAGCAUAAAUUAUUAACUAUAAUUUCUGCGUAAAUUUAUUUCAAAAUAAUUAAUGAUAAAAACAAUUUUUAUAAUUUGUUUGAUACCUAUCAAUAAUGUUGAAAAGUUAAUUUGUAUACUUAAAGCAUAUCGAUUUCUACUCUAGUACUCUAUACUUCUUUAGAGAUUAAAUACGUAUAUUUACAGCUAGUUUAUUUUAAUUUUUUUUGUGUUAAGUUUUAAAUAAAAGUUAUAAUAAAGGAAUAAAUUUAUAUGCACUUAAAAAAUAUUUAAAAAAGCAAGUGUUAAAGAGGUUUAAGUCCUCCUAUAAUGGUUCUUACCCUAUAAUAAACAAUUGUCAAAUACUUACAAAUGAUUAACACAAAGUAUUUUUUUUUCUUUUUAAUAACACGCACAAAUUUAUUUGAAAAUUCACUUAGUAAUAACUGAUAAUCAUUUUUAUAUUGUUAAAUAUACCAUUACAAGGGGAGACUUUUACACCCUUUUACUAUUAUUGCUCUUUUAAAUAUUUUUUAAGUACACUUAAAUCUGUUCCCUAGUUAUAAUACAUGAACAAUUAUAUCUAAAAUUAUUAAUUAUAUAAUAACUAAUACAAAAUUAAUUUGAGUAUAAUUUAUGAUCAUUUUUCUUUCUGAUAUAAGUAUACACACUCAAUAUUCAUUACACAGGACGUUUUACAUUUUAAUACCAAUAUAUUAUGUAUGAGUAAUUUUUUACCAUUUAAGGGAGUUUUUUCUGUUUUUAGUUAUUUUACACUAUUUUUAUAAAUUUUUAUACAAAUUACAUUAUUUUUUAAUUUUCAUAGGCAGUAUGUUUUUUUUUUUUUUUAUCAUUGUUUUAAAUAUUUUACACAACUGUGUAGUAUACUCUAUAUUGUGUAAACAAAUUAUUAUGUACAACUUUUAAUUUGUGGAUUCAUUAAAAUAAGUCUAAUCACAUUAAAUUAAUUGCAACAUAUCAGUAGUGAAUUUCCAAAGAAAGUAGUUAUUUAUAAUUACAUUAUUUGUUACUUUUUUGUAAUUGCCUAUAUAGGUUACUUUAUUAAAAAUGCCUACUGACAUGAUCUAUACUUAGCAGUGAAUUAUAAUAACAAAAAAACACUACAUAAAUGUGAUUUUAUAUAUUAAACAAAGAAUAUAAACAUAGGUAAUGGAAAUAAAAUAUAUAUUACCAAUGUGUAUAAUUUAUUAAGAUCUACAAUUUUUUUGUGUAUGUUACAUUAAUAUUUAUUAUGGAAAUACUAUACCAAAUAAUAGAAUUUCUACUAUUUAUAUACUUAUGUAUAUAAACACAAACCAUUACAUUAUGCAGAGAUAAAUAUGAUUUACAUAUCAAACAUAUCAAAAUAUUUAAAUAUUGAUAAAUAUGUACUAUGAUAUGGUAAACAGUAAUAUCCUAUUUAGAUUGGUAAUAAUACAAUAUUCCUUAUAAUGCAUGUAUAAAUUAUAUAAUAAACAAUAGAUAUUUUUUUUAGAAAUUGUACACACAAAAUAAAUAUAUAUAUAUAUAUAUAUAACAUAAUAUAUUAUUAUAAAAAAAAAAAUCAAUAUAUUCUAGUGUGUACAUAGUAGUGUAUACAAAAUAAAGUAUAUUUUAAUAUUUCAUCCUUACACCAAAAUAUUAAAUCACAUUGACUACAAUAACCAAUUUAAAUACGAUAAUAGUUUGUUAUUAUACAAUCACCUAAUUAAUAGUUAAUGGAUAGUUACAAAAACAUUAUCUAAUGUUUAAAAAUUAAAAACUGGCACACAAAAAUAUUUUCAAAAAAAGUGAUUUGUCAGUGAUAUAUUUUUGCAUAACAAAAAGACAAAUUUUAAUUAAAUAAUUAACCACAAAUAAAGAAUAAUUAUAAAAAAUUGCAAUAGUUUAAUAUUUUAAGUUAUUUUUGAAAAUUUUAAAAUAAGAUCUAUUGAGCAUUUUAUUUUUCUUAACUAUAAAAUAACUGGUUCUUUUAAUAUUUAAAAUAAUUUUAAAUCAUAAAUAAAAUAUCCCACAUUAAGUUUAACAAAUAAUUUCUAUUGAUCGAAAUUAUUGGUCUUUCGUAAAGAUAAUUUAGGUCCACUAAUAUGUCAUGGUAUAUUUAGGAUUUUGAUUUAAGCCAAUGUGCCCACAUUUUAAAUUGUUCAAUAAGUACUGAAAUGUACUUGUUAGUAGAAGUCAAUACGACCUAAUAGUAUUGCCAAACUACCUAAUGCUGUCAUAGAGAUAGAAGAAUGUAGAGAAAUUCCAGCAGAGUCUUUUUGGAUUUCAGCACUCUUGAACUGUGAACACGGGGUUGAGCGACGUACAAAGUCAAAUAAUGAUCCGAUAAUAUUAGCUGGUGUAGGUUCACCACAUUUUGUCAACUCAGCUACUGCGCAUGCUUGCAGUUCGGAUAAACUCCUAGAAAACAAAAUAAUAAUUUGUAUGAUAAAUUAAAUAAUUAUUUACAUAAACUGUAUAUUAUUUCUAAUACUUACUUGCAUUGCUCUUCUUCAAAUUUGAAUGACGGCAAGUUAGCUAAGUUAGCUGAUGGUUCACUAUUGGGUGUAUACUUGCUAAAUGAUUUAUUAAGACAGUGUUGGAGGGCUUCCUUUUUGUCCAUCAAACAAUCUGGGCCGCCUUCCGAAUAAAACACUAAACAAAUGUGAAUUACA